AUUAUCAUUCCAUGCAUGAGGACAGCGUAUGGUGAAUUCCUCUUUAUUCAGAAACAGCUGUGAUCUGAUCAGAUUCCAUUGCUUCACUCUUCAUUUUCCGGAUGUGUUCGGUUCCGUGCGUCGCUCUUUCACUCACAUACACCAGGGUGAGCUCUCCUCACCUCGGACGCUCUGGCUCGUUUCCCCUCUGAGGGCAUUCAGGCCAGAGUCCAGCUUUUCAAACAAACAGCCAUUGACCAGCAGUGAGGCCGGAGCUUCAGCCACGGAACCCAGUCUGGGAAAGAAGACAAACGAGCGAGUGUCAGAACCAGAGCUGCUUUGUGGUGGACACGUCUGGGCUCGAAGCUUCUCAAGAAACGAAAGGAGCGGGCGUUUCCUGGACUUUAAAUCCCAGUCAAAGGCAGCGUCAGCGGCGGCGCUGGUACUUUCACCAGGCAUCAGCUGAUCUCCACCCCCAUUUCAGGCAGAGCUGAGCAGCCGAGCAGCAGCAGACAUGAGCUGGAAACGCAGCGCCGUCGUCCUCUGGGCUCUGACGCUCUCCUUCACAUCAGUGGCGACGGGUGAGCAGCAGCAGGCGGACGCGUGCGCCGACCUCAGCAACACCACCUGGCCCGGCUACCGGCGGCCCGGGGCCCGGCUGCAGGUCCGCUACCUGCUGCUGACCCGCAGGAACCCGGACUGCGCCCACGCGUUCGGCCAGGACUCCCUCCGCCGGCGGCCGCCCCCCUUCGACGCCUCGCUGCCCACCAAGGUCAUCGUCCACGGAUACAGGGCUCUGGGCAGCAGGCCGUCCUGGGCGAAGGCGCUGGCCCGGGCGCUCCUGGCGGCGCAGGACGCCAACGUGCUGCUGGUGGACUGGGUCUACGGCGCCUCCUUUGCCUACAACCUGGUGGUGCAGAAUUACAAGGAGGUGGCGCUGGAGCUGUCCGUGCUCAUCAACCAGCUGCAGAAGCACGGAUGCACGCUGGACUCCUUCCACCUCAUCGGCGUCAGUCUUGGAGCGCACGUCGCGGGGUUUGUGGGAACUCUAUUUGAGGGCAAGUUGGGAAGAAUCACCGGUCUGGACCCAGCCGGACCCAUGUUUAAAGGAGCCGACACCUACGACCGCCUGGACCCGUCGGAUGCUCGCUUUGUGGACGCCAUCCACACGGACUCAGACUACUUCGGCAUCUCCAUCCCUGUGGGUCAUGUGGACUUCUUCCUGAACGGGGGCAAGGACCAGACCGGAUGCGCUCACUCCAGGUUUGCGUCGAUGUACGGCUAUGUGAUCUGUGACCACAUGAGGGCGCUGCACGUCUACAUCAGCUCCCUGUCCAGCUCGUGCGCCUUGAAGGGGAUCCCAUGCAGCAGCUACGAGGACUUCCUGACGGGAAAGUGUGUGGACUGUGACAUGUUCCAGGGCUCGUGUCCAACUAUAGGGUUGUCAGGAAACAGUGGCAUCACCGUCUCACCGCUCCCCAAGGAGCAGAAGGUUUUCCUGCUCACCAGCUCCUCGCCACCGUUUUGUGCUCAUCACAUCCUGCUGGAGCUGGAGGUUUCCCCCCUGGAGAAAAGCGCAGAGGUGGAAGUGACCUUGAGCACCGGGAACUGGAGAACAGACGAGCGGCUCAGACUGCAGACGUCGGCGACGGCGUACAGGGCGGUGGUGGCUCAUCCUGUGGCUCUGUGUGAAAUCGCCUCCAUCGGCCUGAAGAACACCGGCAAUCGCUUGUACCGACAGGGGGACGUCCACGUCCGGUCCGUGUGUCUGUCCGAGCUCCCGUUGCUCAGGCAACCGAAGCCGCUGUGUGUGAACAACAUCCGCGUGAGGCGAGGAGCUCCGUGGACCCACGACCUGGUGCAGGUGUGUGAAGCGUAGAGGAGGAGGUGCUGAAGACCUCCACCGCUGCAUCGAGCAUGAGGUCACAGACACGUGGUUCAACCCGGGAAAAGUGGUUGAGCCUCCACUGGUUCCAAUGCACUGACCUUCCAGCAUCAUGAAAUAAUGUUUGUGUUCAGACAAUGAACCCUUUUACCAGCGUUGGUUUAAUCUGACCUGUCGCGUCUGAACCAGUUUUAUAGAAAUAAACAGACAAAGUCAA